CAGUUCAGUUGCUGACGAAAAAACGAGCUCGCUAUAGGAACCACCUGAGGUUCAAUCUACGCUGCCGAGAUGAAGAAGUAACGCCGGCCAGCCUGACAAUCAAGAACCCAAUUCCGACCAGGAAUGCGGAAAGGAUUGUAAGGAGAGUGCGGAUGGCUCUGGCCAAAGAAAGGAUACGCUGCACAAACAACAAACUCAACAAUAUCAACGAUGAACUACAGCGACGGACGGAACAAUUCAAACACCGGUAUGUCCUGGACAAUGACACGGAAACAACACUACACGAACAUUUCGAUAAUAUACACGAACAGGAAUUUGUCGCCACAAAAAACCGACACAUCGGGAAAUUGGACAGACUCAUUGCACAAAAGAAGACACAACCGGAUCACACACACAUCAACGAAAAAUGGAUUCACAACAUGUCACGCCAUAAACUCACCCAGGCAGAACGCAGCAUAUUAGCAAAAGGACUCAACUACGCAAUCACACCCAAAAACAUACCCCACGAUGAUUUCAUUUUAGCCACGGAGUUAGCAUGCGAAAAAAUACAUAACCCAGGUCAAAAAGCAGCACUACGCAAUGAAGUUGCAGGGAUAUUAAAAACGGCUAAAUCACCACCCAGUAAUAUUACAAAACAGGAAGCAAACGCAAUGAUCACACUAGCGAAAAAUAAAGACAUUACAAUCCUCCCGGCGGACAAAGGCAGAACAACAGUGAUUAUGGACACGGACACUUACGAAGAAUCAAUGCAACAGUUACUACAGGACGAUACCUAUGAAGUAAUAAAAAAAGACCCAACAGAAGACAAGAAAAAUAAACUCAAAGCAUUACUCAAACCACUACUCAUGGAAAAUAAAAUAGACAAACAGGCAUACAAUCACCUAAUACCCACAGCAAACAUCAUCCCCAGAAUCUAUGGCACACCAAAAAUCCAUAAACCAGGUACACCUCUCCGCCCCAUUGUAGACAGCAUAGGGUCAGUCACAUACAACCUUUCAAAAGCACUCAUAGAAAUAAUAAAACCACUAUUAGGACACACGGAUCAACACUGCAAAAACUCAAGACAGCUUGCCACGGAACUCACACACAUAAAAGUACAGAAAGAUGAAAUGCUCAUAUCACACGACGUCAUUUCACUCUUCACAAAAACGCCCACACAACCUACCAUACGCAUAGUACAUGACAGACUAUCAACAGACAAGACACUCAAGAAACGGACAAAUCUAACAGCACAAGACAUCACCCAACUACUUCAUUUCAUCGCUACCUCCACAUACUUUCAAUACAGAAACACAAUAUACAGGCAAAAAGAGGGAUUCCCCAUGGGAGACCCACUUUCUGCCAUCAUGUGCAAUUUUUUUAUGGAAGAUUUAGAACAGAAGGCACUCUUAACAGCCCCGGACACAUACAAACCCACUCUAUGGAAACGUUACGUCGACGACAUUCUGGAAAAAGUAAAAACAGGACAUACACAACACCUCACAGACCAUCUCAACACCAUAGACACCACGGGUAACAUCAAAUUCACCCAUGAAGAGGAAACAGCUCGAUCCAUAGCCUUUUUAGACAUUAACAUACACCACACAGACAAUGGUGACAUAAGAACAAAAGUACACAGAAAACCCACACACACCGACCAAUACCUCCUCUGGACAUCAGAACAUCCCACUAUACACAAACUGUCAGUAGUCAGAACACUAUACGAACGUACAACAAUAAUCACAGAUCCGGACGACAUAACACAGGAAGAAAAAUACAUACAACACGCACUCAAAAAAUGUCAGUAUCCACAAUGGGCAAUAACCAAAGGUGCAGAACAGGUAAAAAACAAAAAAUACAAAACACAGGAGCAAAGAAAGAAACAAACAAGGAAACAGGAACCCAGCGGAAUGGUGACGUUGCCGUAUGUGAGAGGAAUUACGGAACGCAUCAAAAGAACCAUGAAAAAAUACAACAUAAGCACACCUAUCAAACCACAUAUAACACUCCGUCAGAUACUGGUCCACCCAAAGGACAGAGUAAAUCCGGAAAAUAAAUGCAAUUCCAUAUACGAGAUUCCAUGCAAAUCAUGUAAUAAAUCAUACAUCGGGGAGACAGGGAGGAACUUCAUCACAAGAAAAAUGGAACACAAGAAGGAAUGUGAGAAGGAGACAGCAACAAGACAAACAAGAGCAAUAAAACUACAAGCAGAACAGGAACACUACAAGUCAGCCAUCACCGACCACUGUAAAAGGGAAAACCACAUCAUGGACUGGGAGAAGGCCAGAGUCAUCCGCACUGAAGAAAACAAACAUCAGCGUUGGAUCAGGGAGGCCAUUGAGAUCCGCAAGCGGGGCCCGAGGACCAUCAACAGGGACGAGGGAGCAUACAUGCUCUCUACAACCUGGAACAGUGUUUUGGAGAGGUGAACUGACAGCAGAGGGCGUGACUCACCUGUCAAAUCUGACAGGUGAGCCACGCCUUCAUCCAUCAGCUGAUAAAGACGCGUCACAAACACAUCAGUGACACUCUGAUGAAGGCGGAAGAUUCCGCCGAAACAUGUCAGCUGCAGAGAAGAUGCAGCGCAUGUCAGGAUGCGGCUGUCAAAUGACUCGCCGCCGCCGCCGCCGCCCUUCCCCUGCCUCAGGCUCGCCACUCCCGUGUGAUACGAGGAGGCAGAAGAGGACUGGAAAAGCUCAAGUGGCUUGUGGGGAAAUUGCACGCCUUGAUGAUUUGCAACACUGCCAGACUGAUGUGGAUGAUUGAGCGCAGCCUAUUAUUAUUAUCAUCCUCAUCGGGUGUAAAUUGAAAGCAAAGCGCAUGUUUAGGUUCUCCAGAAGGUAAACACACAUUGUCAGGAAGCAUCUGCCCCCCGAGAAGUCGAAUGGCGCAGUAUCGGCCAUGAAAAAAAAAAAAGGAAUGACUAAUGCCAAGAGUUAUUUUGUUGUUCCCGAGGCAAUUUUCAAUUCCAAGGGUCUCCUGGGGGACCUAUUUGAAGACUGCCUGAAAUAUUGGGAGGGACCUGCAGUUCAAAGGUAGCUUUCAUGAAAUCCAGUGAAAAUGGCUUUUCCUGUCAGGAUUGUCGUUGUGACGCGGCCAGAGGUUGUCCAACAAGAGUUUUGAAAUGUUUUCAUCGGAGUCAGUCACCUUGUCACAAUUAAUCUUCUCCGCUACAGCAGAGGGCAGAAGAAGGGUUGCACCAAGAAGCACGACAAUUUUAGAUUUGGCCUUGAACCAUCAUCUGUGAAGGACUCUUCUCCCCCCCCCCCCCUAAAUUGUUUUUGUAGAGUUUCUGCUAUUGCACAAAUAAUGGCAUAGGUGAAAAUGAACGGCAUUAUUUAAGAUACCAGA